AUGGCGUGGUUUUGGACGACAGUGAUAUCGGUGGUGAUCGUAUUCCACUGGUUCGUUCAAAAGCUUCUAAACCUGACGACGACGAAGAAGAAACAGCCACCAAGUCCAAAAGGGCUACCAAUUUUAGGCCAUUUUCAUCUCUUGGGGAAAAAUCCCCACCAAAAUCUGCAUCGUUUAGCCCAAAAAUAUGGUCCAAUCAUGUUCCUCCGACUCGGCAUGGUGCCGGCAUUCGUCGUCUCUUCGCCGGCGGGAGCCGAGCUCUUCUUGAAAACCCACGAUCUCUCUUUCGCGAACAGGCAUCCUUCGCAGGCCGCCGAACACAUUAGCUACGGCAGCAGAAACAUCGCGUCCGCCCCAUACGGUCCUUACUGGCGCAACAUGCGCAAAUUGAGCACCGUCAACUUGCUUAGCAACAUCAAAAUCAACCAGUUUCAGGCCAUGAGAAAGGGUGAGCUUGGGGCGUUGGUCAAUCGUCUCCGACGGGCUUCCGAUAAUCGAGAAAUUGUUGAUGUGGGCAAGAUGGUCACGACCCUCACCGGGGAUAUGAUUUGUAUGAUGGUGUUUGGGAGGAAGUACGGCGACAGCGAUUUAGGCGAUAAAGGGUUUAAAGCUGUGAUCGAGGAGGCGCUGGAUAUCGCUGCCGCUCCGAAUCUCGGAGACUAUUUUCCGUUCAUGGGGACCAUUGAUCUUCAGGGAUUGACCCGUCGGAUGAAACAACUCAGCAAAAUUUUUGAUGGGUUUCUCGGGAAGAUCAUCGACAACCAUGUUCAGAACAAGCAAGAGAAGGAGACUCAAGACUUUGUGGACACCAUGAUCGCCAUCAUGGACUCUGGUGAAGCUGGAUUCGAAUUUGAUCAUCGCCAUGUCAAGGCUGUGCUAUUGGAUAUGCUUAUCGGAGGAACAGAUACUUCAGCAGUAACAGUGAACUGGGCACUCGCAGAACUCAUUAGGCACCCACAAAUCAUGAAAAAACUGCAACAAGAACUCGAUAAAGUUGUCGGCAUGGACGAAUACAUUGAAGAAUCACACCUCGACAAGCUCGACUACUUAAAUUUUGUCAUCAAGGAAACUUUUAGGCUCCACCCCAUUGUCCCAUUGAUAGGCCACAAAACCAUGGAAGAUCUAACGGUCGAAAACUUCCAUGUACCAAAGGGAUCAUCGGUGUUUGUGAAUGUUUGGUCUAUUCAUAAAGAUCCUAAUGUGUGGGAAGACCCUGAAAAGUUCUGGCCCGAGAGAUUUUCUGAAACUAAUGUGGAUCUUCAAGGACGUGAUUUCCGGCUUUUGCCGUUUGGUUCGGGGCGAAGAGUUUGCCCGGGGUAUCAGUUGGGACUAACCGUGGUGCGGUUAGUGUUGGCGCGGUUGGUUCAUUGCUUUGAUUGGGAGCUUCCUAAUGGGAUGUUGCCUAAUGAAUUGGAUAUGGCCGAGCAUUUUCGUUUUGUUAUGAGUAGAGAGAAGCCUCUCAUGGCCAUUCCCGUUUAUCGAUUGCAUAAAUGAAGGCCCCAAUUGGAUUUCUAGCCAAUCUAUUUAUAUUAUAUAAUUAAUUAAUAAAGAGAGGAUCAUUACUUAUUUGGAGAGUUUAUCAAAUGUUUGUCAUUCAUUUUUCGAGAACGUAUGAUA